AUGGCUGAAGAUGCUUACGGUUGCGAGCUUGACCACAUUAGAGCUUCCCUAUCGGAAACGUCCCCUCCUGUAGGGGCCAGUUCCCAGAGAAACAAGUCCUCCAUACCCGCUCCCAUCCUAUCUUCCGUGCAGGCGACAACGAACCCUUCAGGUACUUCUCCUACCGCCAGCCCCUCCACCGAUACUGUUCCCGCCACUCCACCAAGCCCGACCCUUCCCUCAAUCCAUCUCACCAUCGACAAAUCACCCGAUGAAAUGUCCUUCAGUGACGUUCGCAAUCUCGCAACUCAGUUCCAACAGCAGCUUUCUCUGGCUGAUGCCGACUGGGCUGGGCUGCUUUCUAUUCCCAUCAACCAGUCAAUCUAUGAACACUACAUUGAGGAAACAAGGGGAGGUGACAGGGAUGAGAAGCUCAGAUGGACCGUCUCCCCUACUCGUGCAAUCAUUCAAACACCAUCGAAAAUCCAUGAAUUCUUCGGCCCCGCUUGGUCUGACAUGGCCCGUUCCGUCCCCGAAGACGCAUCAAAGUUCUUAUCCAUUGGAGGGGCAUCAACCACAAAAUUGUAUAACAGCCUCCAAGUCCCUGAUUUCGAGAUCCUGCCCGAAUCUAAACCUCUCCGCCUUCCAACCAACGGCGCUCUCAAACCCCUGUUUGUCAUUGAAAUUGGAUAUACCGAAUCUCUCCCGCAUGUCCGUAGGUCAGCAAUUCACUUCCUUCUGGAGACACAUGGUGUUACCGGCGUCGCUCAUGUCAUCAAAAUCUAUCCCAAGUACCUUGCGCUUGGGGAUGUAACCACCGCAGCAUCUUCCAGCUCUAAGCCACCGAGGCUCCUACGGGCGGAACCCCAUGACAUGACACCAUCUGUGCUCGCGGAGCUUGAGGACAAGGAUGAGGAGUAUUCCGAUGACGAGGAAGAGGAAGAGGCCAAGCACGACGAUAGUGGCAAAGAGGAGGAGGAGCGGGCUGUGAAUUUGGAAGAUCCAAACAGCGUAACUGCCAACAUCUCGUUGGGGGCUUCUCGGGCCUACAUUGAAGAAUGGCGGACAUACCGCUACGAGAACCCUCUCGGUCGCUUGCCUCGCGGUCGCCACCUGAACCAGAUGUUCCGGCAAGACAAGAGGCGCGAAUCCGUCAAAGUCCUGCCGAGCUAUUUCUCCUACCAAGACGAUGGGGAGGAGGUUUAUCUCCUUGGUGCUUAUCGAAGCCGAGCAGUUCAGUUUUACCCUAUUACGCGGGACGUGGAUGAUAGGGGAAGCGACAGAGCUCGGAAAGCUGCGCUGGAAAGGGGCGAAACUGAAGUUCCCGCCAUCCCUGAUCCCACAUUUUACCCCGCCACAAGCGAUUCUGUGCUCGUUCGAUUCCCACUUGCGACGCUGAGUGGAAUGUUGAGCAGGAGGAUCCAAGCGUCAGAGGUCAGCAAACGCGAGCCAGAUCAUGGCUCUGAACAGACGACCAGAAAGAAGAUCAGAAUCACUUCAAAUUCCAUGGCCAACCCCGAUCUACACGAACAUGGUCUGGCAAUGUUCAACGAUCUCCCUCUGGGUGACGAACCGGUUACUGAUGAAGCCCCGCGGCGACGAAACAAGACGUGA